CUUAAUUGUCAUUGUUUUUCUUUGUGAGGUAAACGUAUUUUAGUUAGUUUUUGUACUAUUCCGCGGCAAGAUGAGCUCCACUAAACCGAAAAAUAAAAGCGAGAAUAAAACUGAGAAGCAACUGGCGGCAGAGAAAGAACAAUUUGGGAAACAACAGCUCAACAGCAUCAGUAAAAGUCUCACCUCCAGUGAGACACCGCUGAAGGAGAAAUAUGCACGCAACAUCAUCAUGGGGACACAUCACGAGGGCGGAGCCACAACGUUCUGGUCGUACAUCCUCAACCUACCCCUAUCCUCUAACGCCAUCAUCAGCUGGAAGUUCUGCUAUAUGCUCCACAAAGUCCUCCGGGAUGGACACCCUAACGCUGUGAGAGACUCCCAUCGAUACUGCAGGAAUGUCAAAGACAUGGGAGUUCUGUGGGGGAACCUGCAUGACCGGUACGGCCAUAUUGUGGCCCUGUCGGCCAAGUUCUUGUGUCUCAAAAUGGAGUUCCAUGUGAAGCACAAGGUCAUUCCGGGAAACCUUGAGGCCAAAGAUGAGACAAUGGAGAGAGAGGCAGGAACUGAUGUCAACAAAAUAUUUGAUGUAACUCAAGAGCUGUUAGAUUACCUGGAAGCUGCUCUGAAGAUGUCCGAGACAGUUUGGCGGCAACUGGAUGCUAACGCGGGGAAGUCCACCACCCCUGCCGGACAGUGCCGUCUGGGGCCCCUCAUCCCAGUUAUACUGGACUGCAGCUGGCUCUACCACCACUCUGUCAAGCUGCUGUUCAAGCUGCACAGUCGGGUGUCCGCUGACUCUCUUCUAGGACAUCGGGAGAGAUUCCGUGACCUUUUCAACAGCCUCACUAAGUUCUUUGAUCGGGCCAGAGAGACCGAGUUCUUCAAAAAGGUCAUCCAGAUCCCUGACCUUCCAGAUUCUCCUCCAAACUUCCUGCGUGCCUCAGCUCUGGCCGAGUACGUACAGCCGGUGGUAGUGAUGCCCAAUCAGGAGCCUUAUGAAGAGGUGGAGGCUGAGCCGCAGCCAGACUACAGCCUAGCCGCCCAGAUGCCACAACAAUCAUUCAGCAACCUGUUCAGUCAACUGGGACCUUCUGAUGCUGGAUUACAUCAAAGGAGAUCUCCAUCACCAGGACUGACGGAGGCAGACCUUCUGAGGGUGGAGCUGGAGGCCAUCCAACCGGAGCUGCUGCUCCUCAAAACAGAGGCCCAGAGGUGUGUGACCCAGCUUAAGUCUCAGGUGAACAGGCUGGAGGCAGAGCUGGAAGAACAGAGGACCCAUAAGCAGAUGGCUCUGGUGGACAAUGAGCACCUGCGCAUGGAGUUGGGGGCAUUACGACAGGCCACCGCAGCUAUACCAGGGGUACAGGCUGGAUACCAGGAGGCUGAUGGUCGAGCCCAGGCAGCUGAGUUGCGUUUCGGUCAGCUCAAAGAGAGACAUGCUGAACUGGUAACCAGCCACGCUGAGCUACAGAAGAAGAAUGCGGAAAUAGUCCGGGUCUUGUCCAACGCCAAGCAAACCCAGGAGGAUCUGUCCAUGGCCAAACAACAGAUGGCAAACGAGUUGAACCAGCUUCGACAGGAGAACAGACUCAAGCUGGAGCAGCAGAAACAGGAGAUUGAUCGUCUGAACAAAGAGCUGCUGGAGCAGACUGCAGCACUGGGCGACGUUCACAGUUCCCUGGACAACAAAGAGAAGGCGGUCUCCCAGUUGAAUAACGCUGUGCAGGGUCUCCAGAGGGAGAGGGAGGACCUGCUGUGCUGUUUGAGGGAGAAAGAGGGUGAAGUUUCCUCCUUGCAACAACAGGCCCAGCUUCAACGCAGCUCCAUGGAACAGGAGAGAGACAGGUCAGCUGAAGAGAUAGCCCGACUGAAGCAACAGCUGCAGCAACAGUUGGCCAUAAAUGCGGAGCAGAGGGCGGAGAUCGACAGACUGAAGCGAGAGCUGGAGCAGAGUCGAGUGGAGGUGUCACGCGCUAACUCUGCCCUGCAGAACAAGGAGAUGACCGGCUCUCAGAUGAACAGUGCCCUGAUGGGUCUUCAGGUUGAGAGAGAUGGGCUGUUGCGCUCCGUGAGGGAUAAAGAUGCUGAGCUGUUGUCUCUGAGGCAGCAGGCCCAACUCCAACAAAUCUCCCUGGAGCAGGACAAAGGCAGGACUGCAGGAGAGAUGGCCAGUCUCAGGCUACAACUACAGCAGCAGGCGAAUCGUGAGGGCGAGCUGACCAGGAAGCUGCAGGAGGAACAGUUCUGUCUUCUCCAGUGUGCCGUGGUGGAGGCUGAAGGCAUCAUCCUGGACGCAGUGUCCAAACUGGACGACCCCAUCCACGUCCGAUGCAUUUGUUCUCCGGAUUACCUGGUGAACCGAGCUGAGAUCACCCUGUGUUCCCUGGACAAGAUGCAGCAGAGUCACGUGGUCUACCUGGGCAAUAUGGACGAUGCUAGUGGUCUUCUGAGGGCGGUGACUCAGUUCUCCCACCUGGCUGCUGACACAAUCGUCAACGGAGGAGCUACAGCCCACACUGCUCCUACUGACCAGGCUGACCGUCUGACUGACAGCUGUAGAGAGGCUUCCACCCACUGUCUGCAGUUCCUACAUGAGCUGAAGUCCAGAGCCACUUUACACCGAGCUGACCCUACUCCGAUACACUACAUAAUGCAACGCAUACUCGUCAUGGGAAAGGAUCUGUGUCCCAAAGGGCAGGAUGUUCUAAAGGAGGAGCUGGGAGACAUGGUGGAUAAAGAGAUGACUGCUACCUCGACUGCUAUAGAGGAGGCUGUACUACGCAUGGACGAGAUACUGAACCAGGCCAGGAAAGACACAUCCGGGGUCAAGCUGGAGGUCAACCAGAGCAUUCUUGGCUCCUGUUCAGACUUAAUGAAGGCCAUCCACAUGUUGGUGACCGCAUCCACUGACCUGCAGAAGGACAUUGUGGAAAGCGGCAGGGGGGCGGCGACAGUGAAGGAGUUCUAUGCUAAGAACUCCCGUUGGACUGAAGGACUCAUCUCUGCCUCCAAGGCAGUGGGCUGGGGUGCCACUCAGAUGCUAGACUCGGCGGAUAAGGUGGUAACUAGCGGUGGUAAAUACGAGGAGCUCAUCGUCUGUUCUCAUGAGAUCGCUGCUAGCACUGCCCAACUGGUGGCCGCUUCUAAAGUAAAGGCAGACCGCAACAACAGGAAGCUGUUGACGCUGCAGCAUGCGUCUAGACACGUCAACGACAUGGCUGCCGUGGUGGUGACCUCCACCAAGCAUGGACAGAGGCAGAUCACUGAGACAGACCCCAUGGACUUCUCGGGCAUCUCCCUGAUCAAAGUUAAGACUCAGGAGAUGGAAUCUCAGGUGAAGGUGUUGGAGCUGGAGAAUCAGCUGGACCAGGAGAGAGUUCGCCUGGGAGAGCUGAGGAAGAAACACUAUCAGCUGGCCGGGACACCCGACGGGGAGGUGGAGGCCCAAGAUGAUGACGAUGGGGAAGACAGUUUUCCUCCACCUCCUCCACCCACCCUCCUUUCGCCCUCCUCCCUACUGACCCAGUCCUUCUCCUCAGCCCUGCCCUACCUAAAUAUGCAGACACAAGCCUACCCACAACCUUCAACUCAGUCCUACUCACAACCAGAACUCUAUUCCGAAACAAAGUCCAACCCCGAACCUCAACCAUAUUCACAAAGUCAAACGUCUUUACAAACAAAGCCUUACUCUGAACCUCAACCCUAUUCUCAAAGACAAAUGUCUUUACAAACAAAGCCUUACUCUGAACCUCAACCCUAUUCUCAAAGACAAAUGUCUUCACAAACAAAGCCUUACUCUGAACCUCAACCCUAUUCUCAAAGUCAAAUGUCUUCACAAACAAAGCCUUACUCUGAACCUCAACCCUAUUCACAAAGUCAAACGUCUUUACAAACAAAGCCUUACUCUGAACCUCAACCCUAUUCUCAAAGUCAAACGUCUUCACAAACAAAGCCUUACUCUGAACCUCAACCCUAUUCUCAAAGUCAAACGUCUUCACAAACAAAGCCUUACUCUGAACCUCAACCCUAUUCUCAAAGUCAAACGUCUUCACAAACAAAGCCUUACUCUCAAUUUGACUCCUACUCAUUGUCUCAAACUCAAUCUUACACACCAUCUCAAUUUUAUUCUCAAAACCAAUCUUACCCUCAGCACCAACCUUACUCUCAAAGCCAGCCAUACGUAAACACUAAUCCCUUUUCCCAGGCCCAGUCCCAGUCACUAACCCUUCCAGACAACCCAGGAGAAAUGACCAAGCAACCCCACACUUUAAAGAAACCGUCCAUCUUCCAGAAAACAGGAAACCUGUUCAGCAAGUUUCGAAAAAGUGAGGCAACCUCAGGAGAAUCCUGAAUCUGAAACGUUACACAGUAUAAUCCUCCACCAUGACUCCAGAAUGAGAAGAUUUUACCUGUGUUGAUAUCUUGUGAACUAAGGUAUACACAGUUUACUAAGAUGCUGUUGUACAGUGUUUUCAAGAACAACCCUUUUCAAUAUAUUUUAUUUUAUCGAAAAUAGUUUAGUUUAUUUUUUCUUGAAGUAUUUAUCAAAUGUUUGCACAAUUCCUGUAAGAAACACGUGUUAAAAUAAUAGUUAAUAAUAUGGAUUAUUUAAUUGGAUUAUUUAGAAUAUAAUUUGAAUGUCUAUUAUUUUUCUAUGAAAUAAAAAACAAUAAUCUCUUACUGACCACUGCAGUGCUUUAAAUGGUGAGUUUUCGGUCUACAUAGACAUUCCAAUGCUUUGUCCAAACUGGUUGAAUAUUAUGUAACAUGAUAAACAACCCAUCAAUGUACAUCCUCCUACUUUUUGAUAAAUGUUUUCUUCCACAGUUUUUUGUGAAAAUAAUAAUUUCACAUCAAUUUAGAUGUUUGUAUGUAUUAAGAAGACUACUGUCAUUUUAAAUAAACAUUUCCAUCAACAAUU